AUGUCCGAUAGUGCAAAGUGCAAAGUGCAAAGUGCAAAGUGCAAAGUGCAAAGUGCGAUGUCCAAUGUCCAAUGUCCAAUGUCCGAUGAUUUUCAGGUUUGCAUUCGACAUGCAUUGGAAAUUAGACCUCUACGAGGCCACAGAGAUGUCAGUCUCUACAACGGACCAGCAGGAGAUCAGGAACCACCUCGAGUCACCAAUCCCAUUGAGGAUCCUCAUAUCAUCGAUGACUCUCGUAACCUCCGUGACACUCCAGCCAAUGCUCCAGCCAACCCACCCCAAGCUCAUCAUGAGCUCCCUGUCCAUCAUGACCCUCACAAUGGUAUUCAGCGAGGCUCUGACGAAGGUAUCCAGCGAGACCCUCAUGAGGGUGAUGCUGUAUGCCACUCACGGGAACCUCAACGUGAGGUAGUCGACAACCAUCGCAAUGAUCCUUAUGAGGAUACUCCCCAUCAUGCCCCUCGCGACACCUUGCAUGAUCCUCAUCAGCCUCUUCACAGUCAUUCUCGCGAGCCAUGGUACAUGCAUGAGGCUGUGCAUCAUCAUGAGGUCCACCAUUCACGUGAAGAUACCCCAAUCACUGAGCGUGAUGCUCUCUACCCUCGCAAUGCCUUCUACCACCGCAACUCCCGCAAUUACCACCAUGCUGGUUUGCAACCUCAUGACAAUUAUGGACCUGAGCCUCGUGCUAACAGUGAAUUUGCCAUGCGAGACAGCUCUCCGGCCUUGGAGGACUUGGUCCUGACUAUGCUCGUGAGAGUGGAUACUCUUGACGUGAUGACUUUGAUGAAUGGUGGGCAUUUGGUGGAGGAACUUACCGUGACAAUGGGUACCCUCAAGGCAGGACUCGUUACCGGGAUUCCAGAUGGACAGAUCGUUCGAGAUCCUGUCAACCCUCCUCACCCUCCUCCAUCUUAA